CAGCUUUUAUAGGAUAAAUACAUAUUCACGACUCAAAACACAGAUUCAAAGGGAAAAACGGUUUUUAGUUUUUAGCGAAGAGUCAACGAAGGAAAUGUCUACGAUAAGUACGGAAUCAUCGCCGAGUCUCUCCCUCGUGGAAAAUGGCGGCUGGAGCUGCGGUUGCGGCGGCGGAGGAAGCGAGAAGCUGCUGACGGCGAGAGAGACGGCGGAGAUAUCGAGACAUAACCGGCGAACGGUACAGAAUCUAUCAGCGACGUCGUUGAUAAGGAAAAGAUCGGAUCUAAAGCUGAUCUCGAGAGUUCGUUGGGAGUUUCUGAGAAGAAUCUUAGCGAAUCUUCAGGAAGUCGUUCUCGGCACUAAACUCUUUCUUCUCUUCCCCGCCGUUCCUCUUGCUUUCGUCGCUCACCGCUAUGGAUCUCCACGUGCGUGGGUCUUUGCGUUGAGCUUGCUUGGAUUGAUACCUUUGGCUGAACGUAUCAGUUUUCUCACAGAGCAAAUUGCUUUUCAUACCGGUCCAACAGUCGGGGGAUUAAUGAACGCGACUUGUGGGAACGCGACGGAGAUGAUAAUAGCGAUUCUAGCGGUUGGACAAAGGAAGAUGAGGAUAGUGAAACUCUCACUUCUUGGCUCUAUCCUCUCCAAUCUUCUCUUCGUCUUAGGCACUUCUCUCUUCUUUGGUGGUCUCUCCAAUCUCCGCAAACUCCAAUCUUUCGACCGCAGACAAGGAGAUAUGAACUGCAUAUUGCUGUACCUGGCGCUAUUGUGUCAAACACUACCAAUGAUAUUAAGACUCACAACAGAGGCUGGAGGAACAGGAACAGAUGCUAAUGUUUUAGUUCCAAGAGUUGAGGAAAUACUCACAGCAAGCGAAGAUGGAUCAUAUGUGGUUGUUCUGUCAAGAGCAAGCAGCUUCGUUAUGCUCUUUGCUUACUUGGCUUUCCUCAUCUUUCACCUAUUCCCUUCUCGUCUCUCUCCUCCUCCUCCUCCUCCACAGAGGGACGUAGAGGAGGAAGAAGAGGAUGUGUAUGACGAUGACGUUGGUGACAAUGCAGAAGAAGAAGAAGCUGUAAUUGGACUGUGGUGUGCGAUUUUCUGGCUUAUUAUAAUGACACUCCUCGUUGCUUUACUCUCCGACUACCUUGUCUCCACUAUCCAGGUAUGUUAUAGUUACAAUAGAGAUCGAGGGUCACCAAAUUGCAUAUUGCUACCAAUUGUUGGUAAUGCAGCUGAGCAUGCUGGUGCUGUCAUCUUCGCCUUCCGUAACAAACUCGACAUAACUCUGGGAAUUGCUCUCGGUUCUGCAACACAAAUUGCUUUGUUCGUGGUACCGGUGACAGUGUUGGUGGCAUGGACAAUGGGAAUAGAAAUGGAUCUUAACUUCAACCUCCUUGAGACCGCUUGUCUUGCCUUGUCCAUCCUCGUCACUUCCUUCACAUUGCAGGAUGGGACUUCGAACUACAUGAAAGGCUUGGUUCUUCUCUUGUGCUAUACUGUCAUUGCUGCUUGCUUCUUUGUCUCUAAUUCACCCUCAACCGAAACCAAUACAACUAAUCAUAAUUUGACGAAAAGGUAA